AUGGCGAAAGAUUACCAUACAUUGCAAAAAGGUACUGUCGUCCAGCACAUUGCCAAAGCCCAUAACCUGAAAGGUCAACUGGGGAGACCGGCAGAUCGCCUUAUUCAACGAGUUCUGAGGAGUUUGCCGGGUUCGAGCUGGAAGAAGCCACCUGGCCGAAAACAGAAGUUCUGGACUGACGUGGUGAAAAAGAACUUGAGGACACUGGGCGUGGAUAGGCAGUUCAGGCGAGACGUAAGGUUUCGUAGAAUAUGGAAUAGCGACGAAUGGAUUGAUUCUGUGCAAGCCCUCGCAGACGAUCGAGAAGGUUGGGCAGAGCUGUGUUUAAGGACGGCAUACUUCGGCGAAGAUGCGGGUAAUCGCGUCAGACGAUGA